AUGGCAUGGUCUGGCUGUGGUCCCAGCUGCAACGCACCUUGGCCGCCUCGGUACCGUUAUUGGGACCUAGCCUUUGCCUUGAUGGGCACGGCUGCAUUUCUGGUGGACCUGGGCGCUGACGCGUGGGUGGCCGCCAGCUACCUGAAGGCCGGGGACUACCACUGGGGUGGGCUAGUGCUGGGGCUGUUGGCCUUGUCGUCGCUGGUAACGCAGUUCUUCAGCUGCGCCUGGUACUGGAGUGACCCCCCAGACCUUAUGGAAGCGCUGCCCGCACGGCGGACCCUCCUUGUGUUACACAUCCUACAGCUGGGCUACCUGUACAGGUAAGGACAAUCAGGGAUGCUGUGUCCCUUGCUGUAAGGUACUCGGGGAGCAAGUACCCUGAAGUUCUGUGAUAGGAUGUGGGAGUCCUCUUUUCCUAGGAGCCAAGCCCCCCGCCCCUCAUUUAGGUCUGUUUUUAGUUUAUGGAACCCAGCAAAAUAAUCUGUGAUUCUAUACAAACAUAAGUUUGGAGACUGGGCUACGCAAGGAGGAUUGAUCUUACCUCCUAGAAUGUAGGGUGAUUAUAGUAUCUGUUAAUCAGACAAGUAAAAUAUCGGCAGGUGAGGCCUGUAACAAAAUUCUGCAGUGUGGCAUGCCCUGUUCUAUGUUCCAGACAAUCAGCUUCCCUUCCCUUCUCUGCCCAGUUUCCAUUUUCCCCCAACAGUCAAUCAGCAUUCCUUGCUCACUGAGUGUGAUCAUCCUUAUUUAACUUAUUUGGAUAAUAAUAAUAAUAAUAAUAAUAAUAAUAAGUUGUUGUUGUUGUUGUUAUAUGCCACUCAUGUGACUGGAUUGCCUCAGGUCAAAAACCCUGAGGGUUGUUUUCACCUAUGCAAAAGGUUGUGGGGUUUUUGUACUUUUGGAAACCUAAGGGUUCCCUUGAGUCUGCUGACAGCUCUUUCUUUCGUGUGGGUGGUGUCAUUCCAAGGAAACUGAACCGUAGGUAAGUGUCUUGAAUCUCUCACCGCUCACUGCUUGAAUCUCUCAUCACUCGGAGAUUGGGGUGGCAUGCAACAACAUUUAUUGCAUUUUUAUGACCCGCCCUUCUCACGAAGAUCUUUCCUGUUUUUUAGCCUCACAACAACCUUAUGAGGUAGGUGAGGCAGAGAGAAAGGGAAACUACCCCCAGGUCACUUUACUGUAUGGUUUGGGGCCUCGUGAGGAUUUGAGCUGGAUCUCCGCAGUUCACCCGCCACCCCCACAUUGGCUCUCCUUCAUGACCCACCCUAUGAAUUUUGUGUCACCUUCCCUUUUCACAGGUGUUUCUAUGUUCUGAAGGUGGGCUUCCGCGUGUGCCGGACGAAAGCAGACAAAGAUAUUGCUUAUGCUGUUUUCCUGUCGCAUGACAUCAGCUUCUUGCGCCUCUUUGAGACCUUCCUGGAAAGCGCCCCUCAGCUCGUCCUGGGGCUCUACAUUAUCCUAUGCACGAAGAAAGCAGAGAUAUUUCAGGGUGAGUGUCCAUCCAGAAGGGUGCAGGAUAAAGGACUGGUUUGUUUGGUUCCCAAAGUUUCCUUGUGUGGUUUGUGUAGAUCGUUUCAGUUUAAAUCCAGUAAGAAGACAAGAAAAGCCUAUUAAGUUCCCACUGGUCCAGCAUCCCAUUCUCGCAUUGACCAACCAGGUGCCUGUCUCGAACCAUGGCUAAGAACAGGGCAGGCCCAAGAGAUUUUGCUACCUGAGGCGAAGAAGAAGAAGGGCCUCUCUCCCAUUUCAUGUACAGAAUACAAACGAGAUGAAGGGAAACAACGAACUGAGGGCAACAGACUAGUGUUUAAAGCUCUAAAUUACUCAGCCCCCAAAUAUCUGAAAGACGGCCUUCUUCCCUCUCAGAUGUUAAAAUCAGCAGAGAGCGAUUGCCCUCUUGGUAGUUCCUCCAUCCUCCAGGGUUUGUGGUGGCUUGGUGGCAAGAGAGGGCAUUCUUUGUAGUGGCCCCUGAGUCCUGGCAUUCCCUUCCCCCAGAGGUGUGUUUGGCACCUUAAUUAUGCAGCUUUUGACACUCGAGAUGUAUAUUUUAGGACCCACUGUAAUUGUGAUUCUGAUUUGUUUUUAAAUUGUUUUUACUGUUAUAUUUUAUGUCAUUAUGACCUGCCCUGAGAUCUUAUGGUGAAGGGCAGGUAUUAAACCUAACAAUUUAUUUAUUUAAAGAUAAACAAAUAAACAAAAACAUUCCAAUGAGGUCACCCACCACCUCCACCCACCCUUCUUUAAGACCCCAACCCACCCUGCUGGGCGCAACCCAAGGCAUUUUGCUGAGACAAAGGACAAGAUGGCAUCUCCCAUUCCUUGUGGAGAAGCUGGGUGGGUGGGUAGCUGAAGCAUACUUCACACCUGAGGGCAACAGACCAGUUUAAAAGGUACAGAGAAAAUAGGACCACCCCAGGUGACUCGUAUACAUCACAUUCACUAAUAGCAAAAUUAUUAUUAUUUAUUAAAUUUAUAUGCCGCCCUUCAUGGGAAGAUCAGAGGGUGGUUUACAGAGGAAAAAACACAAAAUGCAUAACAUAACAACACCACCUCACUAAUACACCCCCAAUGGCCAUUUUAAAGGCCAUAAACAUACAUUUGUUGGCCAUUAUUUUUGGCUGCUUCUGCUAAUUCACACUGUCUUUCUUCUUAUCAGAUAAAGGCAGCAUAUUCUAUUCUCUUCCUGCUUAAUUAUUUUUUAAUCCUCACAACCACCCUGCAAGAUGGGUCGGACUGAGAGACAGUUACCGACCCAACAUCACAUAGUUUGGUUCAGGGCACUAAAAACCUGCCCCAAGACCACAGGAGGUUAUGGAAGUGGCCGUCUGUUGUGGAUGCUUUUGUUGAGAUUCCUGCAUUGCAGGGGGUGGGCUAGAUAACCCACAGGUCCCCUUCCAACUCUACAAUUCUGUGGUUCUAUCAGUGCCCUCUGUACACUUUGUCACCCACCCUGGCAUCUCAGAUUUCGACAGAUAUCGCCCACAUAGUUUCAAAUGCAUCCUUUCAGUCUUAAGUACUGGAUUCUUAUUAUUUUUACACGCAACUUGAGAAUGUCAGCAGGCCGCAUGUUCUUCCUAGUAGCACCAGUGCCUGUCUUUGUGUAGUGUGGAUUUGAUUGGUCUCUUCCUCCUCUCAUUUCAGUGCUUGGGAUUUGCACCUCUUUCCUGUGUAUCGCCUGGGCCCUCUUGGACUAUCACCAAACCCUGCGCAGCUUCCUGCGGGAGAAGCACAAGCUGGGCCGCCGGUCCUCCACCAUCUACUUCCUGUGGAACUUCCUGUUGGUGUGCCCUCGCAUCCUGUGCCUGGCGCUCUUCGCGGUGGUCUUUCCAAGCUACGUUUCCCUCCAUUUCCUGGCAGUCUGGUCCGCCAUGUUUCUCUGGGUUACGUUGCAAGGUACAGACUUCAUGGAACGCACCGCCUUGGAGUGGCCUUAUCGGGCUGUGGUGGCCGUCAUUCUCUACUUCUGCUGGUUCAAUGUGGCCGAGGGGAAGACAUGCUACCGCUCUGCAAUCUACUACACGUUCCUCUUGGUUGACAGCGCCAUCCUUGCUGUCUCAUGGCUCUGGAACACCGUUCCCUUGAACUACGACUCCCACCUUGCGGCGCACGCGCUCUACGCAGCCCUGCCCUGCUACGUAGCCGGGAUCCUUUUGAGAAGCGUCUACUACAAAUGUUUGCACCCUACUUUGCAGGCUGCAGUCCCGGUCACUGGUGAUGAAAUGGACAAUGGAGAUCUAGCUGGCAAAGACAUGCCAGCUUUCCGGCAGCUGGUUGUACAAGGACAUGGUGACCAAGAGGCUAUACGAGGAUAUGUCAACCGUCGGGCAUAUGGACUUGCUCAAAGCUUCUUUGCUGGCACUUCCAAGGUUGCACAGCAUCAAGGAAAUGGGACUCUUGGGGACAGCUGUUUGUAA